UAUGUAGGUGGUAGCACUUUUGAUAGCAGUUAUUUAGUAUAUUUCCCAACUUCCUACACAACUGUGAACAGCCAGACUGAAUUGUUUUUCCAAGCUGGGUUCCAUUUUCAAGAUUUAAUGAUGUCCAAAUCAGCUGAGUGCUCUCCAAAGCUUUCACCAAAGCAUAGAAACAAGCACCACAUGCAUCAUAUGGAUGUUAGAGAAAUACGUCACAAGCUACAUAGAUUAUCACCAAACUUUUUAAGAAAAAAAUAUCUCAAAGACAGGAGUGAGGAAAGUGACACUUCUUGCCAUUCUUCACCAACUUUUCAAAAGCGCAACAAAAAAUCUUCAACAACAAUAGAAAGUGAAAGCAAGUCUCAGGUUUUGCCAUUGUUGAUACCUCCUCUCCAUCAUGAUUCCAGCGGUUCAAGUCAAAGCCAUGAGGAUACAGUCACAUCAUUGUCAACAAUCAAGUUAAAAAGGAAAGGAAGCCCAAAAGAUAACAUGUCUGGUGAUGAAACACCCAAUCAAUCUCCAAAAUCACUGAGGAAGUAUGGAAAGAAACAUAAAGAUCAUGAUCAUCACAAACAUUUUAAGCUGCCAUGGAAAAACAGUAAAGACAGCAGAGAAGUUGUCAGUGUUCUGGCCACACAUGCAACUGGGAUUGUGGCAGAAUUGUCACUGGACCCCCCAAUGCUAGCAACUGGUACUUUUGAGAGAUCAGCCAGUGAUGCUUAUCUGGAGGAUAAAGAUGGAUGCAAUGGAAGAGAACCAGUAGUUAUAUUGAACAAAGAUGGAGAUCAAAGUGGAGCCAGACAAUCACUGGAUCGAAGUAAACUUACACUGGACAAGGACCUGCUAGAGGUCCCAACACUUACACAAAGUGGCAAUCGAGGAGUGUCAUGUAGUGCUCCUGCAACUCCAGACUUGGAGACAGUCAAGAUCUCAGUUAGAGCCAGUGCCCCAGAUCUAAUGGCUAUGAAAAAGAAAAAGGCAGAUGGAUCUAGUAGGUCUUUAGAAAAUGGGGAAGGAUCUGUUACAGAAUCCACUGGAAGUUUAACAUAUAUGGCUGUUCCUCGAAUGAGUCGCAGAAGAAACCAAAAAUUCCACAGGCUAUUUCCAGACAUUCCACACAAUGAACAUGCUCUCAAUUAUUAUUCCUGUGCCCUUGUAUCAGACAUUCUUAUACCAGGGAGUCUUUAUGUGUCUGAAAAUUGGGUGUGCUUUCAUUCUAAACUCUUUGGACAGGAAAAACAGAUUAUUGUGUCAUUUUCCAAUGUCAGCCAGGUGACAAGAGAGAGAACAGCUUUUAUCAUUCCAAAUGCUAUAGGUAUCUCAACUGUCAAAGAAAAGCAUGUGUUCGGUUCACUGAUGUCAAGAGAUUCUACUUACAAGUUCCUGACUUAUCUGUGGAAAAACUGUAAGAACCAGCAAGAUCCAGCAGAAAUCAAUGAAACUGUGUUUGCAGAUGAGAGUUUUGAAAAUCCAGAAGAAGAAGAAAGUAGUCUUGACAUAACAGAGGAAUCAGAUUUUGAUCUCAAGACAUGUGAGCAAUGUGGUGUGUCAGAUUGUGGGCAUGUUAAACUUACAGAAACAAAUCAGUCCAAAACAAUUCAACCAGUCAAAGCAGAAACUGUGAUGGAAGCCAAAUCGUGUACAUACUUACGAAGUCCUUACAAAGCAUUAUAUAGUCUGUUCCAAAGCAUAUGGGCACUGCCAAGACUUCAUUUUGUUCUUGUUGUGUGUUCAUUAUUGGCGCUUUUCUUACUUGUAUCAGGUGCAGUUCUUACUUAUAAAAUAUUCCGUUUACAAGCAAAGAUAGAGGGCAGCAGGUACUUGUGGCACCAUCAACACAGUGACCGGGGCUCAAAAUACUUUCAAGAUGCCUACUACCUCCAGACAGAGUAUCAUGCUGCCACUGUAGACAAACUCCAUUCUGUUUUGCGUGCCAAUGUUAAACUUUUAGAUGAAAUGCAUUUAUCAUUAAAAAGUUUGCAAGACAGCAGUGGUCAAACUUGUAGAGAGAGAGUGAAAGCAGACAACCAGCAUGGCACAACGUGACCAUAACUUUAAAGACAGAAGCAAGAAAAUGUGAAAUAUAUAAAGACAUUGUUGUUUUGACUUUUGGUGCAAUGAAAAGUUAACAAUCAGUUACUAAACAGUACAAGUUGCAAGAUUUUGCAUAGAUAAAGACUGUGAUAAAAAAGAUAGACAUACAGACAGUUACAAGGAACAAAAAUCCAUUACAUUUUUUAAUAUAUAUGUUAUUUGCAUCUAUAUGAAGCAAUUGCAGAACAAUAAUGGUGGGGUUUAGCAAGUUGUGGAAGUAUUGGUACUUAAAGUGUAGACCAUGAAGAAAUCCCAGGAAGAUGUGGAAACAGCUGUCUGUUUUGAUAUGUCAGGGUUAACAGUAUAAAUUAUUAUAAGAAUUAUGUAAUUUAUGUAAAGAGUAUUACAUAUAUUAAUACAUAUAUGUUUUGUUUUUAUUUGCUCUCAGUUUAGUGUAUACCAUUAUAUCUAUUGAUGUAUACUUCAUCUAUUAACAUCAUCUUGGUUGUGAAUCCAUUUUUAGUUAUUUAAUUUGUGUAACUUACAGCUGAAAAAGUUUAUUUUAUUUUGAAUUUUUUCCACAGAAGGCAGUAGUGAACUUCAUAUUUUCAAAAUACCUUUAUCUAGCAUUGCAGUCCUAAGUUUUCAACGUAAAUUAUCAGACUGGUAUUGGUAAAAUGUGUUUAAAAACAAAGUGUAGUCUGUGAGAACAGUUUCAUUAGCUCUGUAUGUAUCAAUUCAAAU